AGCUCUGCUCUUUCAGUCAGCCGGUGGCCGCCAUGUUGGGGUUUGCGGGUCGCUGCUGCGCCUCUUCGGCCGCCUCCCUGCUGCGCGGGGUGCGGAGCGCCCCGAGUCCGCUCCAGGACCUACUGCAGCUCCGAGGGGGUGUUGGUGCAGCUGCCGCUGAGGCCCGCCGGAACUAUGCUGUACAGGCCGCUCCUGCAGCCAAAGCUGGCACUUCUACUGGGCGCAUCGUGGCAGUCAUUGGCGCCGUUGUGGAUGUCCAGUUUGAUGAGGACCUUCCACCAAUCCUCAAUGCUCUUGAGGUGCAAGGCAGAGACACACGUUUGGUGUUGGAGGUGGCACAGCAUUUAGGUGAGAAUACUGUUCGUACCAUUGCUAUGGAUGGUACUGAAGGCUUGGUGAGAGGUCAGAAAGUUUUGGAUUCUGGUGCACCCAUCAGAAUUCCUGUAGGACCAGAGACCUUGGGCAGAAUCAUGAAUGUAAUUGGAGAGCCAAUAGAUGAAAGAGGCCCAAUAACAACCAAACAGUUUGCUGCUAUUCAUGCUGAAGCACCAGAGUUUGUUGAAAUGAGCGUUGAACAGGAAAUCCUUGUCACUGGCAUUAAAGUUGUAGACCUCCUUGCACCUUAUGCCAAAGGUGGUAAAAUUGGACUCUUCGGCGGUGCUGGUGUAGGCAAGACUGUAUUGAUCAUGGAGCUGAUCAAUAACGUUGCCAAAGCCCAUGGUGGCUACUCGGUGUUUGCUGGUGUUGGUGAAAGAACCCGUGAAGGAAAUGAUUUGUACCAUGAAAUGAUUGAAUCUGGGGUCAUCAACUUGAAAGAUACCACAUCCAAGGUCGCACUGGUUUAUGGACAGAUGAAUGAGCCACCUGGUGCUCGUGCCAGAGUUGCUCUAACUGGAUUAACCGUGGCUGAAUAUUUCAGAGACCAAGAGGGUCAGGAUGUACUCCUCUUCAUUGACAACAUCUUCCGUUUCACACAGGCUGGAUCUGAGGUGUCUGCCUUGCUGGGCAGAAUCCCCUCAGCUGUGGGGUACCAGCCUACUCUAGCAACUGAUAUGGGUACCAUGCAGGAGAGAAUUACAACAACUCGCAAGGGCUCUAUCACCUCUGUGCAGGCCAUCUAUGUACCAGCUGAUGACUUGACUGAUCCAGCCCCUGCAACCACAUUUGCUCACUUGGAUGCCACCACUGUGCUGUCUCGUGCCAUUGCUGAACUGGGCAUUUACCCAGCUGUGGACCCUCUAGACUCAACCUCACGUAUCAUGGAUCCUAAUAUUGUGGGGCAGGAACAUUAUGAUGUGGCCCGUGGGGUGCAAAAAAUUUUGCAGGACUACAAGUCCCUCCAGGACAUCAUUGCUAUUUUGGGUAUGGAUGAGUUGUCUGAAGAGGAUAAGCUGACAGUGGCCCGUGCCCGUAAGAUUCAGAGAUUUCUAUCCCAGCCCUUUCAAGUGGCUGAAGUCUUCACUGGCCAUGCAGGCAAGCUCGUACCCUUGAAGGAAACCAUCAAGGGCUUCCAACAGAUCCUUGUAGGAGAGUACGACCACCUUCCAGAGCAGGCUUUCUACAUGGUCGGGCCCAUUGAGGAGGCUGUGGCAAAGGCUGAGAAGCUAGCUGAAGAGCAUUCAUGAGGUUGUUGAGGCAAAACUGGUUUGCUAUCCAAUCUCCAAUGGUUCAUAUUGUCCAGAUUCCCAGAUGGGAAGUUGUGUAACAUGUCGGCAAAGUAUUUAAACAUUUCCAAUAAAAUAUCUGGUGAGAUCGGAGAA